UCGGAUCGGAGAAGCUGUGGGAGAAUCUCGCUGUCCAGGAUGGGUACCCCCGCUGAUUUCGGCGGCCUGGAGCUGAGGAAAAGAGGACUGAUUCCCCAAAGUGCAACAUUGGGAUUUCCAAUCCACCAGAUACAGCCUGGGGAUAAAGUUCUGAUCAAGGCGUGAAAGGAGCUUCCCCUCAGCCCUCACUGGGAGGGACCAUUUCUCGUCCUCCUGACAACAGAUACCGCGGUUCGGACGGCCGAAAGGGGCUGGACACACUCCUCUCGAGCAAAGAAAAUACCGGAUUACAAAUCCUCCGAGUGGAAAGUUACCACCCCUCCGGGAGAGCUGAAAAUUAAACUCCGGCGUCACCACAAAUGACAAGUGAAGGGCAGAUAAGUUGCAUUAAUUCAGAUUGUUAUUGUUUUCCAUUUGUCCAUUUCAAGUGUGCUUAUUGUAACCAAAUUUGGGUGGCUCACUGUUUGGGAGGGUACAAACCCAAGGGAUUGUGUACCAAGUGUCUAGAAAAAGAACAAAGGCAAACUAACCUUUUUCUAAUACUUGCCACCAGGGCGGGACUCUUGGAACUCGACUCUCCCAAGUGGUUCCUGUUUUUUCAAAAGGGGUUGAGAGGUAAACUAGACUGUAAAGCAGAACCUUUAAUAAUCGAGUGUCGAAAGACGAUAAAGGUACCGUGUAGGACAGAUACGAUCAAAGCGUCUCGGUGGGCUGCUUUCAAGAGAAGGUACGCCAUAAGGACUUCAAGGGCCCCUGAAGACAGUCCUUGCUGCCGAGAAGAUGGCAAUCCCCGCCGUAUGUUCUUAUACGAGCGAAGGGCGUGGCAGAGGGAUUCAAUGGUGGGGAAUCCUGACAGUCCUGAGUCUAGCCGUGUGCUUGGCCGAGGGAACGAGUCCCAAGGCACCUCCGGGGGAGCGUCCCCUGGGGAAGUGUGAGCAGUGUCGAACUGCCACAAGAACCGAACGUAUGAUCAACUGUCCUCCGGAACUACGAGCGGGGUUAUGCUGGUCUAAUGUCACUCAGUAUAAUCUGUGUAAAUUGGAAGGGGAGGUUUGGUGUUCCCGCCCAGGGGCAAGUUUUAGGAAUGGACAGCUUCAAACUCUUGAAGAACAAAAACCCCAAACGACCCAUUUCAAGCACAAAAGGGAGGUGGGGGGAGUCCCUCCGAUCUCAAUAUGUGGCCAAUGUAAUAAAACCGUCUGGAUCGGAAGAAAAAGGCAGUCUACUUUUAUAGCAUACUACAAAAUCAACCCCCUAUGUUACAAUAAAGCGAACUUGAAAACGUGUACUAUAGGUGGAAAAAUGUAUUGAGAAGGUAGAAAUUUGAAACAUGAAACAAAAACUUCCGUCAACAAUGAGCCCGUAAUUUUAGAUUUGUUAAAAAGUGAUGACGACCGGGUGUGUUUGCAAUUCGACCAGGUAUUCUGUUUUUCUAGAGAUGAGGAAGGAUUAGAUCCAGAAAGCAAAAUAAAACAACUGACCCUAGAAUUAAAAAGACUAGAAAUAGAGAAUAAAAGAAAAAGGUUGGAACAAGAGAGACUAAAUUCUCUCAGUGAACAUUACGAACAAUUGGAAAAACAAUAUAGUAACUGGGGAUUACCAAGCCCCAAUCAAAACCUAUUCAUAGACCUGAUGCAAGAAAUCGCCACCGAAUUAGGUCUAUCAAAUUGUUGGAUAUGUGGUGGCUUAAAAUCGGCCGAAAGAUGGCCAUGGAAGGGAGAAGGACUAACCCCAGAACAACUUUUAAAAUGGAAAGGCCUAAAAUUGUCAAAAACUACACGAAGACCCGAGGGAUGGGUGAUAGAUCAGAGAAUAAUUGGGACUUUCUGCAUUAGCAGAGAAGGAAAAGAAUUCACCGAUUUGGUAGGUUAUACCCCGUGUAUAAACACCCUCACGGUGAAUUCAGACAGCAAAACAAAAGUCUGGCAACCCGAACCACCCGAGGGUUAUUGGAGUCACUCUCGGGAUAAUAACUGUGAAUGGAUAGAAAUAAUUGGACUUUGUUGGUACAAGAAUCCUGGGGCCAAUCCCUUCCAUGCAUUAAUAGGCCUGAGAGAAUAUUGGGAUGAUCCGGCAAAAUCGAACAAGGGCUGGGAAGCACCAGAUGGCAUAUAUUGGAGAUGUGGAAAAAAAGCAUACAGUGAGUUACCUAGAAGGUGGAAAGGAUCCUGCACACUCGGAAUAAUUCGGCCCUUUUUCUUUACUUUGCCCAAAGACGAGAGUAAGUCUUUGGGAGCUCCCCUCUUUGAAACAUUAACUAGGCAAAAGAGGGAAUUAAAACGGGAAUUACCAAUGGCGGGAGGCAACCAUAAAUGGAAGGAGGAAGAAUGGCCUGCCGAAAGGAUUAUUCAAUAUUAUGGGCCCGCUACGUGGGCAGAUGACGGCAGCUGGGGUUACAGGACCCCCAUUUAUCUCCUCAACCGACUUAUCAGGUUGCAAGCGGUGGUAGAGGUAGUUUCCAAUCACACUUCAGAAGCCCUGGAACUCCUAGCAAAACAACAUUCGCAGAUGAGAGCUUUUGUGUAUCAAAACCGAUUAGCUCUCGAUUAUCUGCUAGCGGAGGAGGGAGGAGUGUGCGGCAGAUACAAUGAAUCCGAGUGCUGUAUGGAAAUAGACGAUUACGGGGAAACAAUAAAAGGAUUGGCUGCUGAAAUAAAGAAAGUAGCACAUGUACCAGUCCAAAAAUGGAAUUCGAUUCUGCAAGCCUCCUGGUGGGACCAAAUAUUCGGGCAAGGGGCUUGGUGGAAGAAGUUAGUAUUCUUCAUAGUCUGUUCAAUUGCCGGAAUCAUUUUUCUUCCCUGCUUAAUUCCUUGCUUCAUCAGACUAAUUCAGUCUGUUGUGCAAGGAAUGCAGAUUGCCGCCCUUCCAAUCGAUCCUGAAAAGGCACAAGGGAAACCUACUUCCCUCUCCAAGCUAAUGAAAUUAGAGGAGGAAAAAGAAAACAAAAACGCAAUUAAAGCUUUAAAGAACUUUGAAAAUAAACAUAACCUGUCUCAAGAAUAUUGUGGGAAUUCGCUAACGGACUGGGAGGAAAACGAAUGUGAAUAAAAAUUACAUAUAGUCCUUCUUCCGUAAAAUUAGAUAAAAUAACACGAAUUUUUAAUGUGAUGAAAUAUUAGGCUGGGGGCUGUAAUAAAUAUAGUUAUGAAUAAAUAUUUGUAAAGACCUAAAUAAAUAUAUCUGUACUUAUAAUAACAUGAGAGAAUAUAAAAUGGAAAAUACAGUGUGGCCAGAAAGUCUUUUCCCAGAUCUAGUCGCGAAUUCCCAUUCAGGAGAUAACAAUACAAGCAGAAACCCCGAUAAAGAUCCUAGCCGGCGCCCAUCAACCAAAAAGAAUGAGCAGGACACGGGCCAUCAAGCUAACAAAGAAACGAGCUCGGAGGAGAUACCCAUCUCUGGACCUGAACAUCCCACCUGGCCAACCACUGUUGGGGAAGCAAUCAAGUUGACAAAGGAACGAGCUCGGAGGAGAUGCCCAUCACCAGACUUGAACACCCCACCCGGCAAACCACUGUUGAAAAAGCAAUCAGACUGGACAAAGGGAAAAGCCCAGCCAAGAUAUUCAUCGGCUCCAACCCGGAUCCCACCACUCCAUCCUGAUGGCCCGAACCAAAAUGAAAUCAAGAAUCUCUUUACAUAUGAGGAGACUCUGCCCGGACAUCUAUUAACUCUAUUCUCCAAUGCCAGGAAAUCCAUUCACCCAACAAUCAAGGACCUUUGGUGAAUGGUGCCUGCUUGGAAUUUGGCCUCAGGACACAAAAUCCCUAUAAAAACCCAGGCCUGAAACCCCUCAGUU